UAUUAGUAGCCCAUGAAGCUUUUCCUGUUAUGAUCUGAGGAGCAGUAAGUGGUGAAUCUCAAGAUGUCUAUAGCUUACAGCAUUCAAUGCGAUUCUGCAGAUUAAAGAAACUCACACUAUUUCACGAUACUUCAACACCUUUCAAGGGUGAUUCAAAGCAAACUGAGAGAAACAUUCAAAAGUGCAACAAUGAAUAAAAGGAAAAGACUGAAGCCUAGCAUUAGGCCUGCAGAAAUGGUUGUUUCUGCAAACAGGGAGACUGGAGGUAGGAUGCAUAAUAAAGACUGGCUGUCAACACUCUCACUGGAAAUUUUAUGUCAUGUUUUAGAUUAUCUUCCCUUGAAGGAUGUGAUGAAAAUGGACCACAGAUCUAAACAGCUACAUGAAGCAGUAUCAUUACAUUUGCGAGUUAGGAAGAAGAUUGAUUUUACAGAAAAGGAUUUUUUUGGCUGGAUGUCCCAGACAAUAACAGAUAAAACUCUGAGCAAUCUGUUGAGUCGUUGUCGAGAUUUAGAAUAUGUUCAGGGACUGCAUGUGCCAUAUAUAGCCAAACGUCGUACUAGAGGGUUGGAUACCCUGAGUGUUCCGGGAAUCACAGAAGCCCUUGCUUUAUGCACAAAUCUCAAAGGAGUUGAGAUUUCAGACAUAUUCCUUCUUGAAGCUGUUUUGGCUUAUCUACCAGAGGUAGAAAUUUUAGGAACCUUCAAGAAUAGAAUUGGAAAUUUUCCAUUUGAUGAUGCGAAUAAACUCAUAUUAUCAGAGAACCCAAGAAUCACAUCUCUUCACUUGAUCGGUGUAAGUAUUCCAGAGUUACCUCCACUUAUGUACCUGAAACAUCUCCAGUUGCGGUGGGUGAACUUGUCAGGUCCCCAUCCAUUUAUGGACUUUGCUGCGCCUCAGCUACAGACAUUUGUCAUGGCUCACUGUGGAGGACCAGCCAACUCCAACCCACUCAAGUAUGUCCGGCUGAUUACCUCUCUUGCCACAUCACAGAAUCUAAAAAGGCUGGAACUAAUACGAGUGCCAAUCUUAGGAGGACUCCUUCAACAUGUUGUAGAGGAUAGCUGGAGGAUUGGAGGCUUCAAGAAGAUCAACCAUCUCAAGUUUGGGGCCUGUAAAUUCAUUCUGGAGAUGGAUAUUGGUUACUUGGUUAUCACAGCAGCCCCAAAUAUAGAAGAACUGAGCCUACAGCCUUCAAUGACUAAGGACAGCCUAUUCAUAUCCCUACGUCUGGCAGACGUUUCUUUCAAAUUCCUUCAAACUUUACAUCUUGGUUUUGUUGAUGCUUUUCCAGAGCCAGGGCAGUGGACAAAUGAGGACCUGAUUGCAGAACACUUGUCGGAUGUGGUGGAACACCCUGCCAUGGUCACAGAUGUCGGGAUGAAAUCUGUUGGGCAGUGUUUCCCUGAACUCAAACAUGUACAGAUCUACAACUGUCCACACAUCAACAACCCUACAUCCUGGCUUAUAUCUGGUACACAAACAUGGAUACAGUUGAGGGAAUUGUAUCUACGGCGAUGUCACGCAAUACGACUGGCUGAUUUCUGUCUAUUCAUUGACAAACUUCCUAACCUCGAGCUGCUGCAUCUGGAACACAUGUUCCGUGAACCUCCCAAGGGCUGUUCCAGGGUUGGACUGAGUGCUGGCACUGGUCUUGGGAUGUCCUCUGCCCUCGUGGGAAGUCACCAAGGCCCCAACAUCUCUGAUAUUGGAGACGAUUCAGAAAACGAAAAUGACAAUAACAAUAAUGAACUGGUUCAUCAGGGGUUAGGUGAUAUAUUAGAUGAACAAGGAGCUACAGAACACGUACCAGCCAAUCGGGAAGGUGUUAACACAUCAUCUGUGGAACAUGUGACCAAACCAGCCAAUCAAACAGCGGAAGAUAAUAUCUUGACCAAUAAGAGAACAGAUUCCGUAGAAACUAGUGAAAUAAUAGGUUCAGAAGUAUCAUGCAUUGAUCAUGAUCAGACACCAAGCAAGCCAGAAGGUUGUAUGUGUGAACAUCAGACAAACAAUACAGAAGGGAUUGGAUCUGUAAAACUUAAUUCCACAGAACCAACAGAGACAAGUACAUCUGUGCUGGGCAUAGUGUUACCUAUCCAAUCUAAAACAGAUAUUGAUGUUACGGAAAUGGCGCCACAUCAGCAACCAUCUUCUUCGCAACAGCUGCUGUUGAUUGGGAGUAAGAUCACCAGUGAGACAAGGACACCAUUUUCUGUAUCAUCUAGUCUAAUAUCCCAUCCAUCAUCCAAUCGGAGGUCAGAAAAUAGCUCAAGUGGAAUAUCACACGAUCAAAUAUUCAUUCCUAACGAAACAGGAACAUCUCCGCAAGAACAAAAACUGUGUAGUGUUUCAGGAGAAUCUGAGAAAAUGCUGCCUACAGGGGAAAGUGUCUCUUACACUGAAAGCAAAAUGAAUGAGGCUGUGAGUAGAAUGAAAGCAGAACAUGUGAUAGAGUUAGAGGACAGGAUGGAGGAGGGUGAUGAGGAAGACACAUUCCUACUGCACGGCGAGGAUAUAGCAUAUGAGGACACAUGGUCAGAUGACGACAAGAGUUCAGAUGGGCAGGACUCAAGUAUAAAUAGAAAAGACAGCAAAUUAGGAAAGGUUACUGAUGACACUGCACAUUGUGAUUCUAAUAGACAAGAUUCAGAUACACUAGUAGAAAGAUGUAAAGCUAUGGCGGGUGAACAAAAGGACUUUCAGAGGGGUCAUUCAGGGUUGGGAAAUGUUAAUUCUAAAGCUCAGGAAGAAAACAGUCUUUCAGUAUAUACUCUUGGAGAGCCAAAACACUCGGAUGUUUUAGAGGGUGUAGAAAAGAUGGAUACUUCAGGGGGUUUGGUGACCGAACACAGUAGAUUUCCUGAGGCCGAUGGUUCUGCCAACCUUAACUGUGAAGACAAAGGACACCAGGGCAUGGGUUCACUGGGGACUUUUCCAGAGAGACAAGGCCUGGAUAGUGCUAGGCAACCCACAAACACAGCGGUUUGUUCAGUGGAGGUUAAUAACCAUAGGGAAGACUCGGACAGUAAAAUGUGUGACAUAUGUCAAAGACCACAUCCGCUGGACAGUAAAGGCUACACCCAUGGUCAAACUUGUAAUACAUCACAAGCACCUACUUGUACCAAAUGUGAUAGUCAAAGUUACUGUCAGUCUGAAGGUCGCCAACACAGUUUUAUAGAAAGUGAGAGUGAAAACAAUCAGCUGGACAUUCAGGGUAAGGGUCAAGACCAAUAUCGGUCAAAUCAUCAGGGUCAAGGACACAAUCUAAUGAAUAAUAAGGGUCAAGGGCAAUGUCAGUCUAACAAUGAAGGUCAAGUGCAAAAUGAGACUGACCUUGUGAGGAACAGCACCAGUAAUGAAGAUCGUGGCAUAGAAACAAAUCCCAUCAAAAUGACCACAAAUGGUAUUUUAAUUCCAGACUCAAAAGAAAGCAAACAGGUAACUACUGAUGGUGACAAUGCAAGUUCCAGUCUGAAACAUUUAAUAAAGUGUGAAAAUGAAAGUAAACUUGAAAUUUCUAUAGCAAAACUAAGUGACACGAGGGAGGAGAAAUUUGAUGAUGUAGAGGAGGAGGAGGAGGAAGAGGAGGAGUAUUCUGAUGAAGAUGAAGAGGAGACGGUUCUUAUCGUUAGAAGGGAAGAGCCCAGAGGUUACAAAGUCACAAGUGAAAAAGUCAACAGAGCAGAGAAAGUCAUACAAGAGAACAAUAUAACGCUGUCGGGGGAAGUAUCUGUACGAUCCCUGUCAGGGGAGAUAACUAUCGACCCCACGCAGGGACAGAUGGCAGGUAUAGUGUCUAAUGUUGUCAUUAUGUUGGGGAUGACGAUGCGCAGGCCUAAAGCCACAGGGACGAGGCAGCUGGGGCGUGACAUUGUAGUGACUGUGGCUGGUCGUAGUACGUACGUGGGAUCAGGGGAGAUUGACGUGUCUAUUGUUAGUGGUAAAAAGAUCAUCGCAAUAUUACAGACGGACCAGCCUGCUGGGCCAUGUGAGACUCUCAGUGAUGUGUUACGCAACUGUGGCUUGCCAUCAAUUUUGCAUUUGAUCACUGAAGGAGAUUUACAAGAGAUCAACCGGGAUAAAAGUCUAGUAACCAAUGUAGGACGAACACAAACUCCAGUAUGGAAAUGUUCAUUUGAAGGUGAAGAUCAUGAAAAUGUUGGUCUGGUAGAAAGUAAUGAAGAAGGUCACUUGAAGGCAGGGACUCUCCAUGGUGAACAAUGCCCUAUGAAGGUGCACAGUGACUGUACAGACGAGUGCAAGACCACAGCAACUUCAGACAGGGAUAGUGUUAUCAGUACAUCACAUGAAGCUAGAAAUGAUGAAGGGAAUACAAAAUCAGGUCAAACAAAACUGGAAGAAUCUGAAGCAGAUAAAAUAAAUUGUGAUCAGUCACAGGGUCAGGUCCCAGACCAGGAUAAAAUAAGGUGUGAGAGCCAAGUACAAAAUAAGGUCCCAGGCAAGGAUCUUAUGAAAUGUAAGAUCCCAGUACAAGAUCAGGCCCCUGACACGGAUAUGAUGAGAUGUAAGAGCCCUGUACAAAAUCAGGCCCUAGACCGGGAUAUGAUGAGAUGUAAGAGCCCUGUACAAGAUCAGGCCCCAGAUCGGGAUAUGAUAAAAUGUAAGAGCCCUGUACAAGAUCAGGCCCCAGACCAGGACAUGAUAAAAUGUAAGAGUCCAGUACAAGACCAGGCCAGAGACCGGGACAUGAUCAGAUGUGACUGCCCUGUAAGAGGUAUACUACAUACCUGUUCUGGUAUGGUGGUUCUCCUGUCUCCCUGCUGUCAGAUGUACGGUAACAUGAGAAUAAGAGAUGCUCAGGUCAGUUCUGCUAUACCACCCAGUGCUUUUGGUGCAUUUUGGUCGUGUACUGUUGAUGAUCCAGGCCCAUCAACUGUGGUAGAUCCGAAGUUAGCGGUGACCAAGGUAGACAACUCUAUACAAAAGGGGAAGGACAAUGACAAGGCAUGCCAAACUUUGGCUACAUCCUCACAGAGUGACCCUUCAAACCAGGUCAUCAGCUGCCUCUCCAUGGGGGGUCCAACCACUCAUAACUCUGUUGGAGUAUCCACCAUCAGCAACUCUGGGGCUCAGGUGGGCAGUCAUAUCGAUGGUAAGAGGAUGAUUGACCAGGCGACCAGUACCAGUGACCCUGUGAUUGAAGAUGACCACAUUCAGAUACUGGAAAUAAAAUCGAGGAGUCUGACGUGUCUGUCACUAAACAUGGUUGGAAUCACAGACCUUGUCCUCACGGACUGUCCCAAACUAAGCCGUGUCACUGGUUGUGCCUGUCGAGUAUUGAAGAAGGUGAAAACACAAUCGGCCCCAAAACUUCAGAAGAUGUCCUUUGCCCAAUGUAGAAAACUUGACGAAGAAUUUUUGCUGGAACAAAUAGCUUCUCUUGCUGCUGUUAAAAACCGUGUAGUUUACCUCCGCCCCCUACAUGAGUUUGACAGAGCUAGCCUGGAGGAGCGAUUGUUUGGGGGACAUGAGGUGGACUAUGGACUGUGUGUAGUUUAUGACUACAAUCCCUCACCACAGGACUCUAUGUACAACAGAACUAGAGUAGCUACCUGGCCUCACCUCUUCAUUGGCAUAAACCUAGAGUUACUGCAGUCAUACAACUUUAGACAGUGGGAUGGUGUGACGUCAUCCAAGUAUCCCUGGGACCGCAACAUAUACACCAUGGCUGGGGAAAAUGAGAAUGGAUCUAAGUGGGAGCUAACUACAGACAUUCCAUGGCUGCGACCACUUUCAGAAUGUACCAAUCUGUCCCAGAGCAGACUCUCAACACAGGACCAGAAAGUUGGAGUGUACUGUCCAGCAGCUAAAGGCCAUUUCAGUGUGACAGAGUGCCUGGCCGACCUUCAAAAUGAUAUUGCAGAGAAACAGGCAGGAGGAAUUGGUCUGGUGCCAUUCUCUGUAGUUGUGUACAUAAACAUGUGUGACGUGUCAGGUGAACCAGUACAUGACCCCUAUAUAUAACACAUAAGGUCAAAGUAUUGACCCCUAUAUAUAACACAUAAGGUCAAAGUCACGACCCCUAUAUAU